UGGAACCACCUCAGGCUGGAAGUGUUGACAUGGCGGUGGGCAGCUGUCAAUGUUUACUUUUUUAUUUUUCGUGAUAGCGCCUCUAGUACACCUGCCACAGACCCGCACGCAGCACGAAAUACUGAAGGAACACUCGGCCGCACUCAGAAUUGAGGGGUCAGUGUGUAAAGGACUGAAAACUACUACUACUACUACUACUACUACUACUACUACUACUACUACUACUACUACUACUACUACUACUACACUGCCGCCACCAUGUCUAUAUCAGCUAUCUACAUUCUGGACGUAAAAGGCAAGGUCCUCAUUUCUCGCAACUACCGCGGUGAUGUGGACAUGGGCGUCAUAGAGAAGUUUAUGCCAAUUGUGCUGGAACGGGAGGAUGACGGCAACAUGGCGCCCAUUGUCCAGAUCCAGGAGGCCACAUUUUGCUUCGUUAAGGUCAGCAAUCUGUACGUAGUGUCAGCGACGAGGAUCAACGCCAACGUAACCCUUGUCUUCUCCUUCCUGCACAAGCUGGUAUCUGUAGCCCAGGAGUAUUUCAAGGAGCUGGAGGAGGAGAGCAUUCGUGAUAAUUUUGUGAUAAUUUAUGAACUUCUCGAUGAACUUUUGGACUUUGGCUACCCACAGACCACCGACACCAAGAUCUUGCAGGAGUACAUCACACAGGAGGGACACAAGCUGGAGAUCGCACCACGGCCUCCCAUUGCGGUGACCAAUGCUGUGUCUUGGCGCUCUGAAGGCAUCAAGUACAGAAAGAACGAGGUGUUUCUUGAUGUCAUAGAGGGAGUUAAUUUGCUGGCAAACUCAAACGGCAAUGUGCUGAGGAGUGAGAUUGUGGGCAGCAUCAAGAUGAGGGUGUACCUGUCGGGCAUGCCAGAGCUGCGCCUGGGACUCAACGACAAGGUGCUCUUCGAGUCCACUGGCCGGGGGAAGAGCAAAAGUGUGGAGCUAGAGGAUGUCAAGUUUCAUCAGUGUGUGCGUCUGUCCAGCUGAAGGGAGCGUCGUGGGGCAUCCGUGUGCUGAGUCGCAUCUCGGAGGUGGUGCCGGAUGGAGCGAGCCAUUCGGAUGCCUUUGAGAUCAACUGGGUGAAGAAGGCGCUGGAGGAGGGGGACAUCCAUGCGCGGCUUCUCCACUGGCGCUUCCGGUACGAGAAGAGGCACCGUGAGGGCAACCUGGACUGCGUUGCAGGCAAUCAGGGACAUGCGGGAGAUGUGCCUCACCGGAUACUACCCAGCGGCACUCACCCUCUCACACUUCCUGGCUACGUCAAG